CGCCCACUUCGGGUGCCCCGCGAAACAAAGCAUGCACUCCUUGUUGUAGCUAGCCGCUAGCAUUAGCUAGCUACCCUUAUAUUUACGAGCAGACAGGAUGGAAAGCAGCGAAGGCAUGGAGGUGGAUGGCUGGGACCCCAGUCUGGAGGAAGAGUUGGGCAUUUCUCUGGACGAGCUGAAGAAGUGGAUUGAGGAAGCCGUGGAGAAGAGUGAGAUCGUACAGAAGAAGAAGGCUCAGCUGACGGAGCUCAAGGAAUGGGUGGAGCAGAAAGAAGAAGAGGAGGCGAAGACGGAGAUGCUCCUCAGCGAUGCCAACCAGUCCAUACUGGAGUGUGAGAAACUGGUGAAGGCAACCUACCAUAGGAACGGUCUCGUCUACCGUGAGAGCAGCUCAGAGGAUGAAGGCUGCGGAGGAGGCGUGUUGUCCUCUGAGGUCAUCGAGAUAGAUGAUGACGAUGACGACGACGUCAUUGCUGUUGGCUGUUUGGUUCCUCCAAAGAAGCCCGUCACUCCUGCCAAAGACCCGGUGGUGAAAGAGGCCUCCGCAGCUCUGCAGAAAACCUCCCAGCAGGUGCAGAAACUGGUCCAAAUGGUCAGCAAACCUUCACCAGGUGCUCCGUUGCUCCGAUCUCCAACACACCCUCCAUCCCAGUCAGGUAUUCAGAGUUCAGCACCAGCAGUGUUUGUAUCGCAGGUUCCAUCUCAGUCCAUGACCCAGCCGAAACCAAACAUGACAGAAGAUGAGCUCAGAGUCGGGAUGAGCAUUCUGGGAAAGAAACGCACCAAGACCUGGCACAGAGGCACCCUCGUUGCUAUCAGCCCUGUCGGAAACGGCAUAUUCAAGUAUAAAGUGAAGUUUGAUAAAGGAAAGAGUCUGCUGUCUGGAAAUCACGUGGCUUUCGACUAUAACCCCACCCUGGAGAUCCUGUAUGUCGGGGCUCGUGUAGUCGCCAAGUACAAGGACGGCAACCUGGUGUGGCUCUAUGCUGGGAUAGUAGCAGAGAUGCCCAACAACAAGAACCGCAUGAGGUUUCUGAUCUUCUUCGAUGAUGGCUAUGCUUCAUAUGUGACACUACCUGAACUCUACCCAAUUUGCCGACCAUUAAAGUGUACCUGGGAGGACAUAGAGGAUGCAUCAUGCCGCGACUUCAUUGAGGAGUACAUCACCGCGUAUCCCAGCAGGCCUAUGGUGCUCCUAAAGGUCGGACAGAUCAUCAAGACAGAGUGGGAGGGAACCUGGUGGAAGAGCAAAGUGGAGGAGGUGGAUGGAAGCUUGGUCAAGAUCCUCUUUUUGGAUGAUAAAAGGAGCGAGUGGAUCUAUAGAGGAUCCACCAGGUUGGAGCCAAUGUUCAACCUGAAGAUGACCACCGCCAACACCCAGGAGAAGAAGUUGGCUGGCCAGCAGAGGACGCGACCUAACAUGGGGGCGUUGAGAAGUAAAGGCCCAGUAGUUCAGUACACCAGCGAUGGACAUGUUGGAGCCUCUCCUGUCAAGACACCGCAAUCCUCACCCAGCCAGCCUUCACAGACACCACAACUUCAACAACGUCCUCCCCCUCCACAGCCACAACAAACCCCUCAGCCUCUGCGUGUUGACAAUAAACAUCAGAUGGCAAAGAAGAGUACUUCUCCGUUUGUCCCCGGGGUAGGAGGCACUCAUGCCUCUAAAGUCAUGCAGUCUCUUUCCUCCAGUCCCAGCAACCUCCCUGGUGUGAGAAUGUUGACUGCCCAAACCACUGUUACGCCCACUUUCACUCAGACGUAUCAGAGACAGCUGCCCACUCUUGCUCCUGCCCCUCCUCCUAUCACCCACGCGUUGACCACAAUCCCACCUCAGCCCGCAUACCGAGCUCCAACAGACCGCAUCUUCUACCUGACGCACACUUGUCAGCCCGCAUGUCUGAAUCGCGUCCGACCUGCAAAACCAGACACGCACCGAGGAAAGAACCCCCUCCUCACACCUUUACUGUACGAUUUCAGACGCAUGACAGGACGACGCAAAGUCAACCGCAAGAUGUCCUUCCACGUGAUCUACAAGGCCCCGUGUGGGCUUUGCUUGCGUAACAUGGCAGAGAUCCAGCACUACCUCUUCCAGACACGCUGUGACUUUAUAUUCUUAGAGAUGUUCUGUCUAGACCCCUAUGUGCUCGUGGACCGGCCUUUCCAGCCACAGAGGCCGAUCUAUUAUAUUCCUGACAUCACUGGUGGGAAGGAGGACAUCCCGCUCUCCUGCGUCAAUGAGAUUGAUUCCACCCCGCCCCCUGAUGUAGCUUACAGUAAAGAACGUAUUCCCGAAGAUGGAGUAUACAUCAACACCAGUGCAGACUUCCUGGUUGGGUGUGAAUGCACUGAUGGCUGUCGAGACAAGUCCAAAUGCUCUUGCCACCAGCUGACCCUUCAGGCCACAGGUUGUACGCCCGGGGCACAGAUCAACCCAAAUGCUGGAUAUUUGCACAAACGAUUAGAGGAGUGCCUCCCGACAGGGAUCUACGAGUGUAAUAAGCGGUGCAAAUGCUGUUCUCAGAUGUGCACCAACCGGUUGGUGCAGCAUGGCCUGCAGGUGCGUCUCCAGCUCUUCAAGACUCAGAACAAAGGCUGGGGCAUCCGCUGUCUGGAUGAUGUGGCCAAAGGCUCUUUUGUCUGCAUUUAUGCUGGUAAAAUCUUGACAGACGACUUUGCCGAUAAAGAAGGUCUGGAGAUGGGCGACGAGUAUUUUGCUAAUCUGGACCAUAUAGAGAGUGUGGAGAACUUCAAGGAGGGCUAUGAGAGCGAGGCUCACUGCUCGGACAGCGAGGGGAGCGGUGUGGAUGUGUCGAAGAUAAAAAUCCAACCAUCUGCUUUAGUAUCAACUAACCCUGUGGGGCGACCGCCCAAGAAGGGUGAGUCCAAAUCCAAAGCCCGAAGCCCAAGCUCAUCGGGGGACAGCAAUGACGACGAUGACAAGGAUUCGAAGAGUGAAGACGAGAGUGACAGCUCGGACGACACGUUUGUGAAGGAGAACUACUACACCUCCAGCUCUGUGUGGAGGAGUUACACCACACGUGGUCAGGUCAAGGGCAACAAGGAAGGGAGUCAAGACAGUAAAGAUGGAUUGAGUGCGUCAGCCAAAGGAACAGAUGAUGAGAAGCCACCGUCCAUGCCAGAGGAAACGGGGAAAAGCAAAGUGGCUUCCUGGCUUACCAGCCAGGGGCUAAAGAAGGAAUCUGGAGACAGCAAGAGUCAAGUGAAGUCAGAAACGGGGAAGAAGCAAGAUGUGAUGACUCUCUCUGACAGUGAUGAUGUUCAGACCAUCAGCUCUGGAUCUGACGACAACAAGGAGAAAGAGAAAGUCACACCGGGUGUGACUAAGAAGCAGGUAGCAGUCAAAUCUACUAGAGGCAUCGCCCUGAAGUCCGGCCACGGGAUGAUGGUAAAAACAGGUCCUCCCGGAGGAGGUGGAGGGCCGGGAGGUCAGGGAGGAAAGACAGGACAGCAGGGACAGACUGGAGGAGGUGGGGAGAACACUCCCAAAAACACCCGUCUGUUCUUUGAUGGUGAAGAGUCCUGCUACAUCAUUGAUGCCAAGUUGGAAGGAAACCUUGGACGUUACCUCAAUCACAGCUGUAGUCCAAACCUUUUCGUCCAGAAUGUGUUUGUGGACACACACGACUUGCGGUUUCCCUGGGUGGCGUUCUUUGCCAGCAAGCGGAUCCGGGCUGGUACAGAGCUGACCUGGGACUACAACUAUGAGGUGGGCAGUGUGGAGGGGAAGGUGCUGCUCUGCUGCUGCGGAUCCACUGAGUGCAGAGGAAGACUGUUGUGAUCUGCUGCAACCAGCCUGGACUUCACUCCCUGUGCUGUAUUUAUAGGAAACUUAGAGUAGCUCUUACAACACUGUAAUUUUGUGUUUUUGUUUUUUUUAAGUUGAAUAUGUUUAUUACUGCUGUUUUGUUGCUUUUAUUUUAUAUGACUGUGUGUUCCUCAUUUUAUCCAUCACAAUUCUUUACACUUGAAUAAAAUGUAAUUUUCUUUAAUGAAUCAAA